AAACAGCCAGCACUAGUCAAGUUAUUAAGUGACUUUACCCAGGGCCUUUUCUCCUUGUCUUUGUGAACACUUCAUUUUCUUAGCAUUUCAGGAGAUUAUAACAUCCUGCAGCUCAGUUUCUGAGAGCUUUACUGAUUUAUCUCUCUACUCAAAACAAGCGUUGAUUCCUGCAGUUGUGAAGAUCUCAAGAUCUGAACUACUGUUGAAGAAAUUUGCAGUGAGGAGAGAGCACAAAGAUGUUCAGCAAAGUGAUAGUAUUAAGGGCUCAGAGGGCACAGAGGACACAGUCAACACCAAGGCAGAUGGGAUGCUAAUGAGAGCUGACUAAGGAAGAGACAAGGGGACUCAGAUUGGGACUCCGGCUCAGAUACUCAGAAGCAUAUUUGUAUAAGACAUGGCGAAUGAACGGUGGAAAGUUGUUCUGCUGAAUGGAUUAGAGGACUUCAAUGAAUAUCAGUUUAAAAUGAUUAAGUUCUUACUGGCCAAAAAGUUAAAGCUGACUGAAAAAAUGCAAGAAGAAUAUGACAAAGUAAAGAUUGCUAAUUUGAUGGUAAAGAAGUUCAAAUGUGACGUCAGUGUGGACAAACUUAUCCAACUCUGCAAAAAUAUACCAGCACUUCAACACAUUGCAGAAACUCUUAGAAAGGAAAAGUCAAAAGCAAAAGGAACAACCCCCUCAAAAAAGAAGAAGCAGAAAGAAGUAGGUCCUGCUACACCUGUACGCACCACAAGCAAGGGUCUCACAUCUGAAGGAGCAGAGGUGACUCCUGGACCUCAGAAAAGAAAAAACACAGCCAAAGGAAAGGAUGGGACCAAAAGGAUUAAGGUGUCGGAGGAGCAGACUCAGCCUCCCUGUCCUGCAGGAGCUGGCACAUCCACAGCUGUGGGCCAUCCCCCACCUCCCCAGAUGUCAUCAGCUCCACCCAACAAUUCCUCAACUGAGCAUGCACAGCAGCCAAAACCACCGGCCACCUCUCAGGCAACCACUAGAAAACCUGAUCUCCGAAAGGGCCCAAUGGUGGUGAUGGUGCUGAGUGCAGCAGAUCCAUUUGCAUAUGAGUCCUCAGAAAAGGAGACCAAAACAAUGUUUCAUGCUACAGUGGCUACAGAGAAACAGUUUUUUCAUAUGAAGGUUUUCAACAUCAACUUGAAGAGAAAAUUCAUCAGAAACAGAAUUAUUAUUUUAUCAGAUUAUUUUGAAAAUGCCCAUGUCCUAGAGGUGAAUGAAGCCUCUUCUGUAUCUGAAGCUUGUCCUGACCAAAAGAUGGAGGUUCCAAACAACAUCAAAAAAAGAGCAAAGGAAACCCUGCCGAUAGAUAUUAUUAAAACGCAAGCUUCUGGAGCUAUUGUAUAUGGAUUAUUUAUGCUCCAUAAGAAAAUAGUAAAUAAGAACAACACAAUAUAUGAAAUCCAGGAUAAUACAGGAAACAUGGAAGUAGUGGGGAAAGGAAAAUGUCACAAUAUUCCCUGUGAGGAAGGAGAUAAACUUCAGCUCUUCUGCUUUCGACUGAGAAAAAAGAAACAGACACCAACGAAACUGAUUUCUGAAAUACAUAGUUUCAUCCAGGUAAAGAAAAAAACAAACCAGAGAAACUCCAAGACAUUGAAACUAUCCGAGGAGCAGAAUGAGGUUCUAAAACAUUCAGAGGCCAGCGCAGCCCUGAUUCAGAGCCAUCCCUGGACGCCUCAGAUGCCUCCAGCAGCCCCAUCCAGCACUUUCUUACGUAAGAAGGAAGAAGCCAUCCCAGGAGCAGAGACAUCCUCUGCAAACGUCAGAUUCAGCACACCAACCGUGGCCUAUGCUCACAUUUAUGCGCCACAUCAAAAAACCCCAUCCAGCAGAGUCUUAAGCAAGAAAGAAGACAGAAUCACCCAAACCAAAGACACCAUGAGGAUACAGAUGUCCCAGGAAGACAGUCAGCUUUCAGGACUAUUUGCAACUGGCACAUGCCCGACUGAGAGCAUUCCCCAGACUCCCCAGAUGCCUCCAGCAACGACAUCCAGCAGUCCCUUGACCAAGAAAUCAAGAUCGAAGCCUAUACCUAAAGAAGCUUCCAUAGAAGAAGGCCAUCAGAGUGGACCCAUAAAAGUGAUGGUGCUGAGAGCAACAGAACCAUUUGUAUAUGAAAUCAAAGAGGAGAAAAAGAUGUUUCAUGCCACAGUGGCUACUGAAAGUGAAUUCUUCCAAGUAAAAGUUUUCAAUAUCAACCUAAAAGAGAAGUUCACUCCAAAGAAGAUCAUUACCAUAUCAGAUUAUAUGGGUCGCAAUGGGUUUCUGGAGGUAUACCCUUUCUCAUCCGUGUCUGAUGUGGGCGCUGACCGAAAGAUGGAGAUCUCAAGCAGGCUGAUUAAGAAUGCCAAUGCAACUCCUAAGAUCAAUCAUCUCUGUUCACAAACUAAAGAAAAAUUUGUGAAUGGGGUGUUUAUGGUACAUAAGAAAAAUGUGAGGGAUAAAUGCACCUAUUAUGAAAUACAAGAUAAUACAGGGAAGAUGGAAGUAGUGGUGUAUGGACGACUGACCAAAGUCAACUGCGAGGAAGGUGAUAAACUUAAACUCAUCUGCUUUGAACUGGCAUGCACAAGUGAAGAUAACUGGCAGCUGAGAUCCGUAAGGCACAGUUACAUCCAGGUCAUCAAGGCCAGGAAAAGCAAUAAACAAACACUCAAUCCUGAUUCAUAUAUGGAAACUUCUCUAGAGUCCUCCUUCUAAAAACCUGAAUGCCAUUGAUAAUGAUGUUUAUGGAGAUAAGAUCCAAGUGCAAAAAAAAAAAUAUGUACAGAUACCUGGUGGAAAUACAACACAAUAUAUAUACCAUUAUGUAUACCAGCUAUUAAUUCUAGGGUGUGAAUGUUAGAGGUGCUUUUAUAUGUUUUAUUGUUUUCUAAAAGCCAUAUUUUUCAUUUAUAACUUUUAUAAUUUGAAAAAAAUAAACAUCAUCUCGUUUUCUAAAGGAACACUUCAA